GAAAGUGAAAGGGAAUCAGUCUGAAAGCCAUCUUCUAAAAUCUUCCGCUUGCGAACUUUAAUUACCUUGGGAGGAGUGUAAAUACAUUCCUGUUAAAUACCAAGGGUUUUUUAAAGAGUAAUCAGUGACUAAAACCUGAGAGUUUUCAAUUUUCCCAUCACCACAUCCAAGAAGAAGAAAGGAGAAGCAUGGAACGACCAGAUAAUAUUGCUCGUGACUCCAUCAGUCUCCUGUCUGAAGAGCAGCUGCUGUGUUCGAUCUGUCUGGAUGUGUUCACUGAUCCAGUCACCACUCCAUGUGGACACAACUUCUGCAAAAGCUGCCUUACACAGUGCUGGGAAAAGAAUCAACACUGUUACUGUCCAUUAUGUAAAGAGAAAUUCACUAAGAAACCUGAACUGAAGAUUAAUACAACACUGAGAGAGGUUGCAGAUCACUUCAAGAAGAAAAGUGUUCCAGACAAACCUGAGGUUCUUUGUGAUGUCUGUACUGGAGAGAAGGUGAAGGCCGUAAAAUCCUGUCUGGAUUGUGGACUGACUUUCUGUAAAUCUGAUUUAGAACCUCAUAAUCAUGUUCUAAAACUUACUAAACACAAACUAAUAAAUCCUGUGGAGAACCUGGAGGACUACAUAUGUCAGAAACAUGAGAGACCUCUGGAGCUGUUCUGUAGAGAUGAUCAGACAUGUGUGUGUCAGUUCUGCACUGAAGGAGACCACAAGAAUCACAACACUGUUCCUAUAGAGGAGGAGAGCAGAGAGAGGAAGACUCAGCUGGGGAAAACACAGAAAGAUGUGCAGCAGAUGAUACAUGACCGACUUAAGAAGAUACAAGAGAUCAAGCACUCAGUGGAGCUCAAUAAAAGAAACACAGAGAAAAAGAAAGCAGACAGUGUUGAAGUCUUCACAGCUCUGAUUCGAUCCAUUGAGAAAAGUCAGGCUGAGCUGCUGAAGCUGAUGGAGGAGAAGCAGAAAGCAGCAGAGAUGCAGACUGAAGAACUCAUUAAAGAGCUGGAGCAGGAAGUCACUGUGCUACAGAGGAGAGACACUGAGCUGGAGAAGCUCUCACACACUGAGGAUCAUCUCCACCUCCUACAGGUUUACUCGUCCAUGUGCAGCCUUCCACACACCAAGAACUGGACUGAGAUCAGUAUUAACACUGAUCUGAGUGGGGACACUGUGAGGACAUCUCUGUCUCAGCUUCAGCAGAGUCUGAAUGAGAAACUCACUAAAACAAUCAAUGACAAGUUAAAGGAAGCAGUUUCCACAGAACUGAAGAGGAUUCAGCAGUAUGCAGUGAAUGUGACUCUGGAUCCUGAUACUGCAAAUCCAUAUCUCGUCCUGUCUGCUGAUUUAAAACAAGUGACAGAUGGAGACAAAAAACAAGAUCUUCCUGAUACACAAUUGAGAUUUAAUAAAUGUGUAAAUGUUUUGGGAAAGGAGGGUUUCUCCUCAGGUAAAUUUUAUUAUGAGGUGCAGGUCAAAGGGAAAACUAAGUGGGACCUUGGAGUGGCCAAAGAGUCAAUUUACAGGAAAGGGUCGAUUACACUGACUCCUCAGAACGGAGUGUGGACAGUGGUACUGAGGAAUAAUAAUCAGUAUAAAGCUUGUGCUGAUCCCGAUGUCCUCCUCACACUUAAAGAGAAGGUGGAAAAGGUGGGGGUGUUUGUUGAUUAUGAGGAGGGUCUGAUCUCCUUUUAUGAUGUGGAAGCCAAUUCUCAUAUGUACUCUUUCACUGCUCAGACUUUUACUGGGAAACUCUAUCCAUUCUUCUGUCCUGGUUUCAAUGAAGGAGGUAUAAACUCAGCACCACUAAUUAUUUCUCCUGUUAUUGGGAAUUAAUAAAUGAACACAUUUACAUGAAUAAAAAUGGAAUGUUUCCUGGCAUGACAAAGCUUUCAUGUAAUGAGAUAUUAACCAUCUGUACAUACUUAAUAUUUAACACAGUCUCUCAGCAUAUAGUGAUAUAUUCAUGAACUUUAAUCUAAUGAGUCGUGUGCAUGGACACGAAUUUUCCUCUUUUUCUGUGUCACUCAGCAGGACUGCAUCCGUCUGGCUUCAUCUCCAUAGCAACAGAGGCAGAGGGUAAAUGCCAAAUGUAAUUUUUUUGCAUUUUAUUCAUAGAAUAACGCAGAACAUAUAUACGGUUAGGGUUAGGUGAGGGUAAGGAUAAGGGUUAUACUGUAAUACAUGUGUGUGUGUGUGUCUCUAAUUAACACAUUCUCCUUAACUAACCGUGAGAAUAUAUUUACUGUAUUUUUACUGGAAGGAACCACUGAUGAUAGCUUAUUAUAGCAAUUAGUUUACGGAAUAUAAAACAAUAAAACAAGGAUAAAAUCACCUGCUUAUAUGUAAAAAAAUAGUGCUUGAAAAAAAAAUCAAUAACAAAUGAAAAAAAAAAACCAACAAUACUUUCUAUACAUAACAUAGAUACAACUUCAAAUACAUUACAUAUAAAGUCGUGCUCAGUGACAGAAAAAAAAGAGGGAAAUUCGUGUCUAUGAACACAAAUCAAUAGAUUACAUUUCGUGACUAUAUCACGAAAUGCAGUGAGACUGUGCUGUAAUAUUAGAAAAUCACAUUGCAACAGCAGAUUAAUCUAGAUUUCACUUUUUAAGAAUAAAUAACAGUUAAUAUGUUGUUUCACAUAAGAUUCAGACUCAUGGAUAAUAGCACAUGUGCAUAGCCUGAGCUGGCACUGCAUUCUUUGUAUCUGUCAUUUAUGGUUAUUGUUUGUAAUGCUUCAUGUUAAGAUUGCGGUUCUUGUUUUCUCAUCUAGUCUUCAGUCUGCAUCAUAGUCAGUCUGUGUCUAGUCUUCAGUCUUGUGUACAGUCCUUGUUAGUUUUGAGUAUUUCUGUGUUGCAUGUUAAUUUGUAGUGUUUGUUGUUAUGGUGUUUGAUGUAGCAACUUGGUCCUUGGAUGAAGUGUCUCGUUUCAUUUUGUUCUGUAUUGCAUAUGGUUGGAAUGACAAUAAAAGCCUUCUUCUCUGGUUUUGUUUGACCAAUA